CUUGGCCAAUGGCAUUGUUGUUUCCUGUUCCAGCCUUCAAAUCCUUAUCUGCAUCCUCUGGCUGGGCAUGGCGCCCCCUUUCCCAGAUACUGAUAUGCACUCCCAAGCUGAACAGAUCAUCCUGCAGUGCAAUGAAGGGUCUCUCACAAUGUUCUACACUGCCCUCAGCUACAUGGGUUUCCUGGCUGCCGUCUGUUUCUUGGUGGCUUUCCUGGCCAGGAACCUUCCUGGGGCCUUCAAUGAAGCCAAGCUGAUCACCUUCAGCAUGCUGGUCUUCUGCAGCGUCUGGGUGUCCUUCGUGCCCUCCUACCUGAGCACCAAGGGCAAGUACAUGGUGGCCGUGCAGAUCUUCUCCAUCUUGGCCUCCAGUGCUGGGCUGUUGGGCUGCAUCUUCCUUCCCAAGUGUUACAUUGUUGUAUUCCGGCCUGAACUGAACACAAAGGAGCACCUUGUGAUGAAAACCAAAGAUGGCAACUUGACAUAG